CUUGGUUUAUUAAUAUUAACCAGUCUUUAAUUUUGACUUUUCAAGCAAACUCGUGGUGAAAAAUUUAACCAUAUUGUUAAUUGUCAAAUAUUAUUUAGGAUAAGUUUUUAAAAGAUGCCUGUAGCAGAAGAUGUGAAAUGCAGUUGGGCAGACGAAGUCGAAUUAGAAGGUGGAGCCUUACCACCGCCCACAGAAGUCUUUGAAAAUGGUUUUAAAAUAAUUACCGAGUAUAAAAUUAAUGAUGAUGGUAAAAAGGAAAAAAUAGUACGUACAUAUAAAAUUGAAAAACGCAUCGUAUCCAAAUCGAUCGCGGCUCGAAAAACUUUAGCAAAAUUUGGUGAAUCAGCAAAAGAUAAACCUGGUCCAAAUCCACAAACAACGAUUGUGGCUGAAGAUGUUUAUAUGCAAUUUAUUAGUAGCAAAGAAGAGGAUAAUAAAGUUGAGGAAGAAAGUGCUUUAGAUAAACUAAAAGGUUUAGGCGAUAAAGGUGCUGUUAAAUGUCGUACAUGUAAUGGAGACCAUUGGACUACAAAAUGUCCGUAUAAAGACACUCAGUAUGUUGGUGGCAAACUUCCUGACGAGAAGAAAGCAGCUGCAGCACCAAAUGCUAGUAGUUUACAAGAUCCAAGCAAACCAGGGGGUAGCAAAUAUGUACCACCAAAUAUGCGUGAUGGUGCAAGAAAGGGUGGUGAUAAUCCAAAUUCACAAAGACGAAAUGAAGACAUGACCGCAAUUCGUAUAACUAACUUAAGUGAGUCAACAACAGAUGCUGAUAUAGAAGACCUCGUCAAACCAUUUGGACCCAUUAAUCGUAUAUUUUUGGCGAAAGAUAAAGCAACAGAUGCAUGUAAAGGUUUUGCUUAUGUCCAUUUUAAAUUUCGAAAAGAUGCCGCUGAUGCAAUUAACACACUACAUGGGCAUGGCUACGAUCAUUUAAUUUUAUCUGUGGAUUGGUCAGUGAAACCACAGCAAUAAAUUAUUCAAUAAUUUUAUUCAUUUUUAA